GAAGAGGUACAGCGAUGAGCGAUGCGGUGGUGAACGUGGAGAAAGAGGUGGACAAAGUGGUCAAUAAGUUUCACGAACUCCGGAAGCAUAACGAACAGACGCUCGAAGAGCUGAUCCAACAGAUCAAGGGAUACCACAGAGAUCUGCAGACGUUGAGCGCUCCGGGCAAUGAGUUGACAGAAAUCCAAUGCGACCUAAUGUACGACAAUGUGAUCAAAAAAGUGCGAAACACAAUCACACAGUUCUCGGGAGAGCACAGAGACAUACACUCGUCGGUGUCCCGCAUCGGCAAAGCCAUCGACAAGAACUUUAUCUCCGAUUACGCCUCAGUCAACAACGACACGGUCUUCGAGUCGGCCGCCAACACACAGAUACUGAAUCAAGUGAUUGUCGAACACUUCCUCCGCCAGGGAAUGCUGGAGAUUGCGGAACAGCUGACCCGCGAGGCGCGGCUCGACAUUCCCGACCAUAAGAAGAAGCCGUUCACCGAAUUGAAUACGAUUCUCGACUCGUUGAAGGCCAGGGAUCUGCAGCCGGCCCUCCAGUGGGCGAUCGCCAAUCGGGAUCAGCUUCGCGCGCAGAACUCCGGUUCGGCGCUCGAGUUUAAACUCCAUAGACUUCAGUUCAUUGAGCUCUUGAGGGGUGGCGUUCAGAAUCAGAUGAAACUCAUCGCUUACGCGCGACAGUACUUCCAGCCGUUGGCCGACAAACACGAGCGGGAGAUACAGGCGAUGAUGGGUUCGCUACUCUACCUGAAGUCUGGGCUCCAGAACUCGCCCUACAAUUACUUGUUGGACAGUAUCGGGUGGUCAGAGAUAUGCGAUAUCUUUACGCGCGACGCUGUUGAGGUGAAAGGUCGAACGCGAUAUAAUUCAGACAGAAUUCUUGAUAAU